AUGCUUGCGAGACAGUUCUCGAGACAGCUUUCGAGCCUGGGGCUUCGAAUGUCCAACGUGGGCAAGGUGGGGAUCCGGAUCCCCGCCGAGGUGUCGUUCCUGACCGAGGAAAUCCCCGACGAGUUCUGCAAGUCGUUUUCCAAGGGGAAAAACUCCUACAAGUUACUGAAGCAAGUGGUGGUCAAGGGGCCUAAAGGUACCCUUAAAACUCAGAUCCCCCCCUUUGUCAACCUCAGUGAAAAGGAUGGUAAAGUGUUUGUUUCCGUUGAAAACCCCGAUGACCGGAUUCAGCGGUCGAUGUGGGGGACGACGCGAGCCCUCAUCCAGAACGACGUCGUCGGCGCCACCGAAGGCCACAUCGCCCUCGUCAAGUUUGUUGGUACCGGUUACAGAGCGAUCCUCGAGGAAAAGAACGGUAAGAAAUACGUGGGCCUCAAAGUGGGGUUCCCGUAUACUCCUCAGCUUAAAGUGCCCGACGGGUUGACGGUGUCGUUGCCUAACCCCGCCCGGCUUUUGAUUGAAGGGAUCAAUAAGCAGCAAGUGAAGUUGUUUGCGGCGAGAAUCAGAGAGUUCAAGAAGCCCGAGCCGUAUAAGGGUAAGGGGAUCUUUGUUGACGACCAGAAGAUCGCGUUGAAGGAACGUAAGAUCAAGUGA